CGGGGCAGCCCUGAGGGUAUCUCGGGUCAGCCCUGAGGGGAUCCGGGGCAAACUUGAGGGGAUGUAUUUUACUCCUUUAUUUCUGGAGUUUCCUUCAUGAGCUCUGUGCAGGGGAUGCGCCAGAGGCAGAUCGGAGAUCUCCAGCGCAUCCCUGCCUGCGUUUGUUUGGUGAGGAUAAAGUAAGACAUGGCAGAAGCAGUUUUUCACCCCCCAAAAAGGAAAAGAAGAGUUUUCGAGUCCUACAAGGCUCCCUUUCCUGUGGAUGUGGGGGGGAAGGAUUUCAGACUCUGCCAGGCUGAGAUCAUUAACAACAAUGUGAUUGUGAGGAACCCCGAGGAUAUUGAACAGCUCUACAACAAGGGCUAUUUUGGCAAAGGGAUCCUCUCCAGGAGCCGCCCAGUGUUCAGCAUUUCAGAUCCUCAGCUGGUGGCCAAGUGGAGAGGUGUUAACACAAACAUGCCCAUUAUUACAUCCCAAAAUUCCCAUUUCUGUGUUCCCAGGUACCAGCGGCGCGUGCAGUGGGCUCGGAGUGUGCUGCAGGAGCAGGGCCUGGACAGCUGCUCCAUCAGCAGGAUCCUGGAGAGUUACACCAAACCCCUGGGGCUGCCCCUCUGCACAGGGGAUGGGGAUGGACAGGCUGGGCACAGCUGCACCACAGGGAGCACAGGGAAUGCAGAGCUGGGCAGGAAAUGUGGCAGGGAAGGAGCCCAAAGGCCUGAGGGUCACGAGCAGCACUCCCAGGAGGGAGGAGAUGCUGGCAGUGCCUCCAGGGAGCAGGAACAGGAGCAGCCCAGGGACAUGGCUGAGGGGUCCUGCCACAGGGACCCUGCUGUGCCCUGGGGCUGUGAGGGGAAGCAGAGCCCUGAGCAGAGGGCUUGGGAGGAGAUGGACUCAAGGGAAUGUGCUCCAGAAUAUGUGCUGGUGCAAGAGGAGGAAGAAGGCAGCUCCUGUCCUGAAGAUGACUCCACUCGUGCACGAGAGAAUCUUGUCAAGAAGGAAGUAUUAGUAUGCAGAAAAAACCCAUUUAGGAUUUUUGAGUACUUACAACUCAGCUUGGAAGAGGCUUUUUUCUUGGUCUAUGCUCUGGGAUGUUUAAGUGUUUAUUAUGGUGAGGAGCCCCUGAGCAUCGUGAAGCUGUGGGAAGUGUUCAGUGAGGUGAAGCCUGAUUUCAAAACCACCUACAUGGCCUACCACUACUUCAGGGGCAAGGGCUGGGUGCCCAAGGUGGGGCUGAAGUAUGGCACGGACCUCUUGCUGUAUCGGAAAGGGCCCCCGUUCUACCACGCCAGUUACUCUGUCAUUGCUGAGUUGGUGGAUGAUAAUUUUGAAGGUUCCCUUCGCAGACCCCUCAGCUGGAUGUCCCUCUCUGGGCUGAACAGAACAAAUGCAAAUGCUUCCAAGGAGCUCAUGCUGUGCUACUUGAUCAGACCUUCUGACAUGACAGCAGAGGAGAUGGCAACCCCAGAGUGCAUGAAGAGAAUCAAGGUUCAGGAGCUGAUCGUGUCCCGCUGGGUCUCCUCCCGUGAGCGCAGCGAGCCCGAUGAAUUUUAACUGACUGCACAAGAAACCCUUUUUGAAAUCCACUUUUUGUUGGUUUUCACCUCAUCUUGUGAUGAACUGUUGGCCCAGAGCAUUUUCUACCAACAUAAAAUGGUGUGUAUAAAUGCUGUUUAAAAUGAGAUGUAUCAUGUUUAGUGAAAAAUGUGAGUGAACAGAUGAAAAGCUGUGUCCCAACUCAAAAUAUAAAAUAUAAAAAGGUGCAUGUUUGAGUGGUGGUUA